GGGAAUUGCUUGCCCGAUGCUCCGAGCAGCUGGUCACAUGAGCCUGGAUUUUCAGUUCAGUUCAUUAGUCAGCCAUUUUGGUCAACACCCUGCUUACUGCACACAACCAAUCCUGUUAGAGCUCAGCAUCCCGGCUCAUCCGAGCAGAUCCUCUAGUGAUUUCUGCUGGUCAAAAAUUUUUAAGAUAAAUUGAAAAUAUAGCUUGAUUUUUUUUCACUUAUAUUUUUUGUUUUGUAUUUUUUUCUGCACAAAGAAGGAGGAUUUUUUUUUUCACUUAUUCAUGCUGAGACCAAUUUUUGAAAGCCAGCUAAGGCAGCAUUGGGCGUAUAGGAUUUAAGCCUAUAGAUAGCCCGGCUAGAAUAAAGGAAAAGGAAGAUAAAAGGAGAGCACGCUGGUAGAGGACUGCACCGUCUAGUCUUGCUAACCUUUAGGAAUUGCUGCUAAGAAAAGAGAGUAUAGAAUUGUUUGUUUUGAGCAGUUUGUUCUACAAGGUAUUUUUUGUUGUUUUUCUUUGUUGUUUUUUUUCCUUUUUCUUUUUUAAUCUCUCCCAUCCCUAAAAGCUUUAUUUAAAAGCUUGGGAUUCGGGGAUUUUUUUGGUGCAAAGGUCUUAUUUAUUUGUGUGUGUGUGUGUGUGUGUGUGUGUGUGUUGUGGUCGCAGCUGACUCAUCAUGUCUGCCCUGACGCCUCCGACUGAUAUGCCAACCCCCACCACUGACAAGAUCACACAGGCUGCCAUGGAGACCAUCUACCUUUGCAAAUUCCGAGUGUCUAUGGAUGGAGAAUGGCUCUGCCUUCGAGAGCUGGAUGACAUCUCCCUUACACCCGACCCAGAGCCUACCCAUGAAGACUCUUGGGAGGAUUUGACAGAUUUGGUGGAGCAAGUGCGUGCUGACCCAGAAGAUCCUAAUUAUCUCAUGGCUAACGAACGCAUGAACCUGAUGAACAUGGCAAAGCUGAGCAUCAAGGGCUUGAUUGAAUCGGCUCUGAACCUGGGACGGACCCUGGACUCUGACUACGCACCUCUCCAGCAGUUUUUCGUGGUGAUGGAACACUGCCUGAAACAUGGCUUGAAAGCCAAGAAAACUUUUCUUGGACAAAAUAAAUCCUUCUGGGGGCCUCUAGAGCUGGUGGAGAAGCUUGUUCCAGAAGCUGCAGAGAUAACAGCGAGUGUAAAAGACCUCCCAGGACUCAAGACACCAGUUGGCAGAGGAAGAGCCUGGCUUCGGCUGGCGUUGAUGCAGAAGAAGCUUUCUGAGUACAUGAAAGCCUUGAUCAAUAAGAAGGAACUGCUCAGUGAGUUCUAUGAAGCCAAUGCCCUCAUGAUGGAAGAAGAAGGAGCUAUUAUCGCUGGUCUCCUGGUGGGUCUGAAUGUCAUCGAUGCCAAUUUCUGCAUGAAAGGAGAAGACCUGGACUCUCAGGUUGGAGUUAUAGAUUUUUCAAUGUAUCUCAAAGAUGGAAACAGCAGUAAAGGUAGUGAAGGGGAUGGACAGAUUACUGCGAUUCUAGACCAGAAGAACUAUGUAGAAGAACUCAACAGACAUCUGAACGCAACUGUAAACAACCUUCAGACAAAAGUAGAUCUGUUAGAAAAAUCCAACACUAAACUGACAGAAGAACUUGCCGUUGCCAACAACAGAAUUAUUACCUUACAAGAAGAAAUGGAACGAGUUAAAGAAGAAAGCUCCUAUCUACUGGAAUCCAAUCGGAAGGGUCCUAAACAAGACCGAACUGCAGAAGGGCAAGCGCUGAGCGAAGCCAGAAAGCAUCUAAAGGAGGAGACACAAUUACGAUUGGAUGUCGAAAAGGAGCUGGAGCUGCAGAUCAGCAUGAGGCAGGAGAUGGAACUGGCUAUGAAGAUGCUGGAGAAGGAUGUCUGUGAGAAGCAGGAUGCCCUGGUGUCUCUGCGGCAGCAGCUGGACGAUCUCCGGGCUCUUAAGCAUGAGCUUGCCUUUAAACUGCAGGUAAAUGAAAGACAAGGAAAAAGACCCCUGGCUCUGGGAACUCCUGGUGUUGCCCACAGCACGCCUCUUCUGUAGACUCACUUCACAGAC